AUGGACCAGGCUCGGUCCGUCUCGAUUCCGUCAGUCCAUCCCAGCGAGUGGUUCAAGAGCAUCAGAGAUGUUGUACGCUCCACCACUAUGGGUUGUUCCGCGUUUCUCUUUGGCGAGGACGCCGAUGGGAUGGGACCUGCCAUGACCCGCUGGACCAUCGAGGAUAUCGAGGAGCGAUAUGAUCAGAGCCUACGUGGCAGCAUACUUUCCAGGGAGGAUCCCUCUUCCACGUCCGACGUGGCAGCAGCAUCGUCCACUGUCAGCAGCGGCGUUCCGACAUCCCUACACCCCGAAGGUUCUAGGCAGCAAUCAGCUGAGCAAGCAGCGUCGCAGAGGCCGCAGACUCAUGUGCAGUCGCAGUCAGUGGAGUCAAGAGAGGCCUGUGAGCGCAAGGCCCUGCCAUUGUAUCCCACAGUGGAGCUGAGGGAGCUAGCAGAGGCGGUGGGGCGGGACAUCAUGCGCGGCAAUCCCGAGGUGACGUGGAGCAGCAUCAAGGGGCUGGGCGGCGCCAAGCAGCUGCUCAAGGAGGCCGUGGUCAUGCCCAUCAAGUACCCGCAGUACUUCACGGGUCUGCUCGCCCCAUGGAAGGGCAUCCUGCUCUUUGGGCCCCCUGGAACUGGCAAGACGAUGCUGGCCAAGGCAGUGGCAACGGAGUGCCGCACCACCUUCUUUAACGUCUCUGCCUCCACCCUCGUCAGCAAGUGGCGCGGCGACUCAGAGAAGCUGGUGCGAAUUCUCUUCGAUGUGGCACGCUCCCUAGCGCCCUCCACCAUAUUCCUGGACGAGGUGGACUCUCUCAUCAGCCACCGCGGAGGGGGCACCGGCGAGCACGAGGCCAGCAGACGACUUAAAACAGAGCUGCUUGUUCAGAUGGACGGGCUGAGCAGCUCAUCCGACCUGGUGUUUGUGCUGGCCGCCACCAACCUGCCCUGGGAGCUCGACACUGCCAUGCUGCGCCGCCUCGAGAAGAGGAUUCUAGUACCUCUACCAGACUCAGACGCCCGCAGAGCCAUUCUCUCCUCGCUGCUGCCACGGCCACACAGGGCUGCUCAGACGACCACUGCCCUGCACACACAGGCGCGCGCCCAAACAGAUGCUCACAGAGCGGGGCACGAUGGUGGUGCAGAGAGAAAAGAUGGUGGUGCAGAGAGAAAAGAUGGUGGUGCAGAGGCGUGUGUGGAUGGUGCAGCGGGGACAGAGGGUGGAGGAGCAACGGCUGGUCGUGACUGUGUGGGGGUAAGGUGGAGAGGGGCCAACGGGGUGGUGGCGGUGCAAGCUAAUGGCUGCCCUGAAAUGCCGAAUGGCUGUUCUGAAAUGCCUCAGAAGGCGAUGGGGGCACGGGGGGUUGAUAGCAGCUGGUGCGUGGUUGCACAGAGCAAGGAGAUUGAGGAGGAAGGAAGCAGGGAGGACGAUUGGGGGUGUGGCGGAGAGCAGAGAAGAGACGAGCAGGGAGUGAGUGAGCAUGAGAAGCAGAGGGAAGAGGAGCGAGGGGAGGAGAGGGAACGGGAGAAGGAGUGGGAGGAGGAGAUUGAUAUAGAGGGUGUGGUGGAUGCAACGGAGGGGUAUUCGGGCGCUGACAUGCGGCUGCUGUGCAAGGAGGCUGCCAUGCAGCCCCUGCGCCGCCUCAUGGCGCUCAUUGAUGGGGGGGAGAAUGGGAGGGCGGGGGAGAAAGGCGAGAUGGAGAGGGGGGAGAGGGGGCACAGGAAAGCGAUUGGGGAGCGGGGGGAGAAGGGGGAGAGAGUGAAAAUGGGGGAGGAGGGUUUGGGGGGGAUGAGGGGCAAGGGGGCGGAUGGGGUGAGCAGAAGCGGGGGGGUGGAGGGGAGGGAGGGGGAAAGGGCCGAACAGGAGCAGGAGCAUGUGCUCGGGCCAAUAACACAUGAGGACAUGCAGAUGGCUCUGCAAGUGACCAAGGCUCUGGGUAGGCUGUCGCUGGCCGUCCGAUGCGCAUCUGACGGCGAGGAUGGGGACGGAGGAGGCGGGAGCAAGUCGCGGCUGGGAAGCAUCAUCCGGCGGAAGCACGCUACGGUGCAGGCGCGGCUGCAGCAGCUGGGCCAGGACGAGGUGAACCGCCGUCUGGAGGGAGCAGUGCGGCUGCACCCGCCCGCGCAGCUCACAGACCUGCUGCUGCGCGGCGCCCCGGGCGCGGAGGGCGGGGGGGGCCUGGAGGGGCCAGGGGGGGCGGAGUGGGGGCGCACGGCGCUGGUGGUGGAGAUGGCGCGCGCACGCCCGUCAGAGUCCCCAGAGAGCCUCGCCAGGCGCUGCCAGCGAUACAUUGGCCUUGGGGCGGACACAGUGAUGGUGUGCUGUGAUGAGGAGAUUUCCCCCGAUGGCCUUGCUGAUGUCAGAGCCGUGUCCAGAGCCCUCCCUGGAGUGCCAGUCAUAGUCAAAGACUGGAUGCUACAUCCCAUUCAGGUGGCAGAAGCAGCAGAGGCAGGAGCGGCGGCCUUUCAUAUAGUGCACGGGGUCCUCAAUAAAGCCACUGCUCCAAUGCUCGCCUUUGCCUUUGGACUGGGAGUUGACGUGGCAGUAGAGGUGGUGAAUCUGGAGGAGCUGAAGCGACUAGAGCCGCUCGCCAUUCCCCUCUACGGCCUCAACCUCUCUGUUGGGCUGGCAGUGUCGGCACCCGGCUUCAGGCAGAGUGUUGCCAAGUCGCUGCUCUCCUCCAUGCCUUUUGGAGCUGCUGCUCUCGUUGGUGCCUCAUCUGUGGAGGACGUGCGGAUGAUGAAGGCGGCAGGUGCGACGGCAAUUGUGCUCAAAAGGGAGGUGUUUAAAGGGAUGGAGGGCGGUAGCACGGGGUUGGGAGAGAGGGAGGAGGAGAAGGCCUUGCAAGAUCUGUUUGAGACUCUCAAUUACAUCUUGACUGGCGAUGACUAA